AUCAGUUGAGCUAAAUCUGUUUAAGGGUAAAGUAGUGUCCGCACGUCCGUCAGCAGCGAUAACUUUUUAAAAAUCGCUCCUUUUUAUUUUUGCAUUAUAUUUCUUUAAGUUUACCCGAACCCCAUAUUUUAAGUGCCUGAUACGAUUUUGUGAAAUAAUAUUCUUUGGCUUUGGUUAAUUUUCAUUUGAUUUGAUAAUAAGUCGAGCAUCGAACGAAGAAACAGUGUGUGCCUUAUCAUGUUUCGCAUUUUAUCAAAAAAGUGAUUGCUUUUCAUUAAAUAGCGAAGGAGUGAGUGAAACAAGUAUAUAUAUAUCAUAUAUAUAAAAAAAUAUAUUUUUAAUAUAAAAGAGAGAAAUCAAAAUCAUAAAAAUUAAUAAAUUUUUGUGCGAAAAAGUGUUAAUUUCUUGAAUAAAAGCAUCAAAAUGAUUCACGUCGGGGAUAAUACUUGGAAUUUAAGGGUUUUCAUCACGGACCUGCAGAUGUCGAAGGUGCUAAGAGUACGCGGAGAUCAGCAUAUUGGUGGAGUUAUGCUAAAAUUGGUCGAUCCAGAAAAUCCAAAGGAUUGGUCAGAUCACGCGCUAUGGUGGCCGAUGAAAAAUAUUUGGCUAACCAGAACUCGUUCUACAUUGGAUCAGGUUGGCGUACAUGCAGACUGUUUGUUGCAUUUCACACCCAUGCACAAAACCUUGAGAGUACAGCUACCCGACCUUCGCUAUCUUGAUUGUCGCCUUGAUUUCUCGAUAAAAACUUUUGCAGCUGUUGUCAAUCUAUGCAAAGAUCUAGACAUAAGACAUCCAGAAGAACUUUCACUGUGCAAACCAUUGGAACAAGAUCAUUUAAAGAAAAACUAUUCACAGUUUCCCAAAAAGAAGAUACCCAUUGCAGAAUCAAAUGGAACAACAUAUUUACAACCAGCACCAGAUACCAAUUCUUUCAUACCUAUUAAUUCGUAUAACGGAAGUUGUAAUAGCUUGGACAACCCACAGAAUGGUACAUUUUCGUGUGCCCCUGUGCACCAUACAACACCAAAGCGUCUCAAUCAAUCAGGCACACCCAUAAGUUCGCCAACAGGAACAUGGAAGCAUAGCACAAAUGGAUAUACGACAUUUGAUUCGCUGUCUAGCCUUGGUGAUUUCCAAGAGAACCUUGCAGCCAGUCCGAGAGCACCAAGUCCAGAUGUUCGUUCUCGGCUUAUAAGGCCGAAAUCCUUAUUAGAAAAGGCUCGCAUGAACAUUGGUUGGCUGGAUUCAUCACUUUCAAUCAUGGAACAAGGUAUCCGUGAAUACGACACAUUGUGCUUAAAGUUCAAGUACUACACGUUCUUCGACCUGAAUCCCAAGUACGAUCAAGUAAGAAUCAACCAGUUGUACGAACAAGCCAAAUGGUCAAUUCUUAACGAAGAACUCGAUUGUACAGAAGAAGAGAUGUUAAUGUUUGCAGCAUUACAGUUUCAAAUAAAUCAACAAAAUGACUUGCAACAACCCGAUUCUGGAAUUGACACUUCAAGCGUUGAAAAUGGCACAGACGAUGACAUUGAUUCAGCACUAAGUGAACUUCAGAUAACCCUCGAAGGACCAAACGCUAAUUCACAGUCCAAUAAUAUCACCAAAAUCCCUGAACUGACAGAUUAUUUGAGAUUUUUAAAACCAAAAAAGUUUACAAUGAAGGGUUACAAACGGUAUUUCUUCACAUAUCGAGAUCUUCAAUUACAUCUUUAUAAAACUGCAGAGGAAUCAAGACGUGGCCAACCAACUCAUGUUAUUAAUCUGCGUGGCUGUGAAGUAACACCCGAUGUAAAUAUAUCGCACGGAAAAUUCAGCAUACGCCUCGAAGUGCCUCCAGAAGGUCGUAAUGGACCCAAUAAUGAGAUGUGGAUAAGAUGCGAGAACGAAGAACAAUAUGCCAAAUGGAUGGCUGCCUGUAGAUUAGCAUCAAAGGGUCGAUCUCUUGCCGAUAGCUCGUACGACAGUGAAGUGGCCAGCAUCAAGUCAUUCCUGAGCAUGCAGAAACCAGCUCUUGAAUCUACCGUUAGUGUGAAUCCCGGAUCGAUUGAUCCCGUUGACUACCUCUCGCCCAAGAUGUAUAAGAAAUUGCGAAGCAAGGCUGUUCAAAGGAUCUUGGAGACACACGCUAAUGUCAAAAAAUUGCCCCUUGUUGAGGCGAAAUUGAAAUUCAUUGAAGCGUGGCAGAGUCUACCUGACUUUGGUUUGACAUUGUUCAUUAUUAAAUUCGAUGGACACAAGAAGGAAGAACUACUAGGUGUUGCAAAUAACCGUAUCAUGCGAAUGGACAUUAAUACGGGUGAUCAUAUCAAAACAUGGCGGUACAAUACUAUGAAGGCAUGGAAUGUUAACUGGGGAAUAAAAUGUAUGAUGAUUCAGUUCCAAAAUGAAAAUGUCGUUUUCUCUUGCCUUUCGUCUGAUUGCAAGGUUGUUCAUGAAUUUAUCGGCGGUUAUAUCUUUAUGUCAAUGCGUUCCAAGGAAACCAACCAAACACUCAACGAAGAAAUGUUCCACAAGCUUACGGGAGGAUGGCUGUAAACAAGAAAUACAAAUCUAAGCCUCCUCGAGGUGGACUUCAUAUAGCGCACGUUUCUUUAUCUUUAUGUUGCAAAUAACUUAUUUUUCCUAUAAUCUAUAUAGACGCCCUAUAUUCUUUUGUUUUCGCUUAUUUGAUAUGUUGUGUAUAUAUGUAACCAAUCGUUUAAUAUUAUAAUUAAUAUUUACAAAAAGCAGCACCCUACGUAAUUUAUACCAUACAUUUAAAAUAUUGGUCUACCAUGUACAGUAUCGUGUUUUAUUUUUCUUUUGUAGGGAAAAAAUGUUUGUUUAAAAUUAUAGGGUGCUGCUUCUUACGCUAGGACGGAAUCGGCUUAGGUGAUUUUCAAUAAAUGGGAUAAAAUAAAAUAGCUACACAAACGUGAUAAUCACUUUGAACUUGACGUUAUUUUUACAAUAUGAAUAGGUGGUUCCCAAACGUUUUCAAAAAUGUUUCUCGGUUUACUUUUUUUAAAUUCUGAAUUGCUGAUUUCGAACACAUUAACUUCGAGCACCUAUUAAUCUUCAAUUUUAAUAAGACUUAAUUAAUUUGAGUUGAAUCGCCUAUGCUAGAUGACAAUCACACAUUUGACUACCAAAACUGUGUCAACCGCAGUGGCCGAUUCCACCCUAGGACAAAAAUUUAAACACGCUUUAAAUCCGCAUUGCCUUGAACUAAUAGAAAGUCACGCACAUUAAAUGUUUUUUUUGUGUGCUUUACAUGAACGGACAAAUAAUAAAUAUUUUUUUAAGAAAAUUGAUUCAUAAUAUUAAAAUAUUAAUCAAAACUAAUUAAGUAAAAACACAUAAUAUACAAACAUAUGAAUAUUCGUAUGAGAAAGUAGAAAUAAUAAAUCCACUUUUAACGAAUUUGUUAGAAGUAUAAUGUUUAAUAAAAAAAAUAUAUAUAAUUAUAAAAUUUCUAACAUACAAAUUAUAUUGUAAAAGUCGUUAAGCUGGAUAUUAAUUAUAUGAAAGAAAUAAAUAUCUUAAUUAAAAGUAUAACUACAUAAUCAAGAUCAUUGGCAAAAAUAUUAACUAUCGAAAAAGUAAACAAAAACAUCUAAAUUUACAAUUGAUUUUAUAAUUUUAUAAGAGCUUUGAUGUUGUUAAGUGUAAAAUAAAAACAGAAUAAAAUAAAAUAAUUUAAACACAAUA